CAUUAGUGUUCUGUGGUAUCCAUAGACAAAUGGUUAUAUGUCUAUGGUGAUAUCCAUGAUUUUUUAGUAUUAAUCUGUGGUAUAGACCAUAGUAAAUUAGAGAAGAAAUGUAAGUUUUUGAAAAAUGGACAAGGUCUUUGCUAUACCAUAAUUUAUAUUGUUUAAUUUGCUGGAUUUAUUGGACCAUUCCUAUUUUAUAAUGGAAGAUGAUUAUGAUGAUCCCAACUGGGAUGGGGACAGAAUGGAUACCGAAUCUGAUCCAGGUGAAGAGCUUGAAAAUCCAGAAAUGGUACUUCAAGAGUGUGCUGAAAAAUUUGCUACUCCUGAUUAUAUUAUGGAACCAGGUAUUUUCACCCAACUCAAAAGAUAUUUUCAGUAUAGAGGAAAUCCCCUUCAGGUCAUUGAGGAGUUAUCUUCAAAUUAUACAGCUGUUGCUCAGAUGGCCAAUUUAAUAGCGGAAUGGCUAAUAAUAGGAGGAGUGAAGGUUCAAGACGUACAAGCCAUGGUUGAAAACCAUCUAAAAGACAUGAUUUUGAAAACUUUUGAUCCGAAAAAAGCGGAUACCAUUUUCACUGAAGUAGGAGAAACUCCUGCAUGGCUUACACAACUGAUAGACCAUCCAACUUGGAGAUCCUUGAUUUAUCGAUUAGCAGAGGAAUAUCCUGAUUGCUUGAUGCUAAAUUUCACCAUAAAGCUCAUAUCAGAUGCUGGUUUCCAAGGGGAAAUAACCAGCAUAUCAACAGCAGCUCAACAACUUGAAGUAUUUUCAAGGGUUCUUAAAACUUCAAUUUCCAGUUUUCUUGGAAAUCCAGAAAAUUGGCAAAAUACAAGUAGAGAAUGUGCUAAAAUGGUGUGUCAUGGUCAACAUACUUAUGUAUAUAGUCAAGUUGUUAUUCAUGUGUUGGCAAAAGAACCUAAAGGAGGCAGUCUAAUGAAAAGAUUAUCACAAGAAAUUACGAAAUGUGCACAAAAAAAUGGAAAUGAUGUUACUCCUAUUACAAUGGCUCUGAAUGGGGCUGCUUCUUUUCCUCAAGCAAGUCAAGCAUUAACUUCCAUGUUAUCCAAAAAUACGUUGAAUCCUGCUGACAUAUCCGUAUUAUAUAGAAAUUACAAUAGUUCUGAUCCUCCACCAAUUGAUCUUAUACGAACACCACAAUUUUUAGAACUUCUUGUUGGUUCUCUCUUUAGAGCAGGAGUGAAACUAAAUCCGGAUCAUAAACCUAAGUACAUUCAUUUGUUGGCAUAUGCUACAAGUGUGGUAGAAAUUCAAGCUAAGAAAGGACAAAAGCGAACGCAAGUGAAAGAUGAUCUACAAGCUACAAUUAAGGCAAUAGAAACUGUUCAUAAAAUUUGCAAUACGAAUAAAGGAAGUUCUGAACUUCUUGCAGAUUUAGGUACUAUAUAUCAGUGUUUGAAGUUUCCUGUUGUUUCAAUUGGCAUUAUAAGAUGGGUUGAAUGUACUGUAACCGAGCCAAGUUAUUUUAAAUUAUCGACUGAACAAACUCCCAUUCACUUAGCACUUCUUGAUGAAGUUGUUUCUUGUCAUCCUUUAUUACAUGAUCAAGUAUUGGAUUUACUCAUAAGAUUAUUUGAAUCUAAGCAGGAUGAGUUGGAAAUAUUGGUACAGUUAGAGAUGAGAAAAAUGGUAUUAGAUAGAAUGGUUAACCUUUUGUGUUCUGGCUGUGUUGUACCUGUUGUAAAAUAUAUCAAGCAAUGUUGGCAGAAAGGAGAUACAGAUGUAUCAUUGAUCAGGUAUUUCGUUACAGAGGUUUUGGAGACAAUUGGACCACCUUACAGUUAUGAAUUUGUCAACUUAUUCAUGCCAAUGGUUGAGAAUGAUGAAAUAACUGGAAGUAUGAGGACUGAUGGAGAGAAUGAUAAUGUUUCAGAAUUCAUAGUAUACUGUAAGGCUCAUUACACACCAUUGAUUUGAACCAACAAAAUAAAUUUAUUUUUAAUUUACAUUUUAAAUUUUGUAAUCUGACAAAUAUACCUAAUUAUAUUUGAUUUUGUUUGAACAUGUAAAUGUGUAUUUGUCUUGUCUUAUUGUAUCAAUAAAAUUCAUAAAAA